CGCGCACCGGGCCCGGCCCUGCUCUGCUCUGCUCUGCCCUGCCCGCUGCUGCGGGGAGCCGCGCCGCUAGGCUUGUAGGCGAGGGGUGCGGGAUGGCGGCCCGGCGGCGGUGAGGUGGGCGCCGCGGGGCCCUGGCUGUGGGGCGGCGAUGGCGGCGGCGGUGCGGGCCGCCCUUCUGGGCGCGGCGCUGGGCUGCGCGGCCGCGGCGCUGAUCCCCGCGGCUGACGUGAAGGUGGAGGUGCUGCAGAAGCCGUUCCUCUGCCACAGGAAGACUAAGUGGGGGGACAUGAUGCUGGUUCACUACGAGGGCUACUUGGAGAGGGAUGGCUCCAUGUUCCACUCCACUCACAAGCAUAACAAUGGUCAACCUAUGUGGUUUACACUUGGCAUAAGGGAAGCUAUCAAAGGCUGGGACAAAGGUUUGAAGGACAUGUGUGUGGGAGAGAAGCGGAAGCUAACUAUUCCACCAGCCCUUGCUUAUGGAAAAGAAGGGAAAGGAAAAAUUCCACCUGAGAGCACACUGAUUUUCAACAUUGACCUUCUAGAAAUUAGGAAUGGACCAAGGUCUCAUGAGUCAUUCCAAGAGAUGGAUCUUAAUGAUGACUGGAAACUGUCCAAGCAAGAGGUGAAAAUUUACUUGAAGAAAGAAUUUGAAAAGCAUGGAGCAGUGGUAAAUGACACCCAGCAUGAUGCUUUGGUUGAAGAUAUAUUUGAUAAAGAAGAUGAAGACAGUGAUGGGUUUAUAUCUGCAAGGGAAUUUACAUACAAGCAUGAUGAGCUGUAGAAAAGGGUGGCAUAAUUUUUUUGACACAAAUGGCAGUGACUUAGACUGUCUGGUUCCCGUGUAGUCUUAAUGCUGUGUUUUGGAGUUGACAGCUGCUGUUGGCAAAGAAACACUCUGUUUAUAUAAAAGAAUUUCUGUUCAUUAUGUACAAAUGUUUUAAACGAUCUUAAAGUAUGAAAAUGUACCUCCUUUUAUGCAGCAAAGACUUGCACAUCAGUGUUUUUUAAAUUUUGUAUUAACUUAUUUUUCAGAAAUGAAACGAACCUUCCAGUUAUCAAACAUUGUGAAAAAUCAAAAUCCAGUUCAUUGCCUUUCUGUGAUUUGUUUGUGUGUUAAGAUCACUUUCAGUGACUCCUUUAUGUAUAGCUUCUAAUCUGUGGCUUAAUUACUUGACCUUCCUUCUUGUGUGUCAGUGCUUAAAAAGCAGGGUGCUGGCCUUGCAGCUUUUUCUGCAGAUUUUUAAAAGAUGUACUAGAAGGCGUCAGCACCUCUUCAUACAGCUGAGAAACUGAUACAAAGCUGAAUGAGAAGAAUGACUAUCCCAUGCUGAUUUUGCUCUUCUAAACGGAGAGUGUUACCAACUGUGCCAAUAAUUGUCUGCAUUUUUCUAUAAAUUACGUGAACAAAGUAGGAGUUAAAUGUCAGGCAUUCGCUUCUAAUGUCAGCAACAUUCUACGAAAUGUCUGUAAUUUAUAAAAUAGCAAGUUAUGCUGCA